CAAAACUUUUCUUUCUUCUCCUCUCGUUUUCUUCUCUUUCUCUCCGCUCUUGCUCCUUAUCGACUCUUUUUCUCUCCUAUAUUUUCUCGUCCUCUUUCUGUCCUUUCUUCCGCUUUCUCUCCUUUCUUAUUCUUCCUAUGCUUUCGAUCUUCUCCUUUCGUUCGCCGCUCCUUCCUUCUUGCUCUCUCCUGUUCGCCUUUCUUUUCGCUCCCCUCUUUGCUGGCCUCUUCCAUCGAUCGAUCCUUGGCUGCUGCGCUUCCAUCUCCCUUUCGGUUCUUCAAGCAAAGCAAUGCGGAACCUCGAGGAAGACGCGGCACUGGAGAGAAGAAGCCGCCCAGCGAAAGUCAGAGUGGAGAGCGCGAGCAGCGAGGCAUUUUCUCUGUCUGCAGGACGAGAAAAGGGUGCCACGAGAGGAGAGAGGGAAGAAGAGAAGGCGGAGGGGGAGUAAAGAAGAAGGGAAACCAAAGAGGAGACGCGCUGGAAAGACCGCGAGGAGCAGAGGAAGAACGGUCGAGGCAGAGACAGGGAGACAGUGAAGGGAGAGGAGGACAGUGGUACAGAGAAAAGGCGCGAGAAGCUUGAGAGCGAGAGAGAAGAGAGGAAGCUUUGCAAAGCAAGCCAGAAGGCGAGAGAGCUACACCCAAUCCGCAGGUCUCGGCGGUGUCUGGUAUUAUACCUGGGGGAGGGGAGCAAGACACACGGAGGCCGCGAGGACGCAGAAAAGAGCAAGUGGAAGAGAAAACGGACAAGGCGAGGCGAAAAGAAGAAAGAAGAAAGGGGGAGAAAGACACGAGGAGAGAUAAAGCGGGGAGUGGGGGGAGCUCUCACGUUUCUCCCAGCCUUUGCUGCGGGGCCGUAUACAGCCAGCUGCUUCACCGACACACACCUAUUCGUCCGUUUGAGGGAUAUCGGGGAAGCGUUUGCUGUCUCUGCGGGAGUUACUUUUGUUGUUUUUUGGAACUCCGAGCUCCAAACUCGUCUCGGCCUUUCUGGGCCUCCGUGGAGGAAAACUCCGAAACACCACAGAAAACCAACGGAGGCUUUCGAGCGCUUCUGCCCGCUCUCGCGGCUUCCGACCAGCGCGCGCCUGCACCCUCUGGAGUUCUUUCUCUCUUUCUUGACUUUUCGCAGACAAAGAACUCCCCUCGCUGGGAUUCUGACUCGUUUUCUGCUCUUCUCCUCCUCUCUUCCCCCCAGUCUCUUGCCUUCCUCUUCUUCUCUGGAGGCUCUCCGACGAGCUCUGCGCUCUGAGGUGGAUUUGCACCUGACCGCUCGACGGCUAUAUAAAAGAGUCGCGAGCUCGGCGCUCUGAGGGGUGCGGCUUUGAGCGGGAGGAGAGACGCCGGCGACGUUUCUUUACCGCCAGCUUUUUGAGUUUUCUGCGAAUUUCCAUUUCCAGGGAUCGAAGCGAGAAACGAAAUCCGGUGCAAAAAGAAAACGCCGCAAAAAGGUUCCCCUUCCUCCGCCAGUCGGUCGUGGUUCCCGUGAGGACACCGCGUCCUUCUCAAAUUCUCGCCGAGUCAAACUCCGCGAAAUAGUUUUCCUUCCUUCUCUACACACGAGAGGACGCAACGCGCUCUCUUUGCCUUUCUCGUUUUCUGCUUGUUUCCCUCCUGCGCCUCCUCUUUUUUUCUCGAUCCGUUCGCUUCCCUCGUUGCCCCCGCCGAGGCUUCUCCUCCGUGCUCCUUGUUUUUUCCUCCAGCUUCGUCGUUUUUUUCUCGUCUUCCUCACACACGGGAGAACUGCUCUCUCUCUCUCCCCUCACGGGUCACCCUGUUACCUCGACCCUUUUUUCUUUCUUUUUUGCCUCUCUUUCUUCUUUCUUCUGGCACGCCUCCUUUGCGCCUCGCCUUCCUGGAUAACACUGCCGCCGAGGGAUCCGUCUUCACCUUUUUUCUGGUCCUCGGUUCCUCGUUCUGUUUUUCUCGCCUGGCUCGCGCGCAUCCUUCUCUCGACGUCGUUCCUCGUUUUCUCUGUUUCUUUUCAUUUCUCCUCCCUCGUCUCUUUUCUCCUCUCCACUGACGACACCAUGGGAAACGCGCAGGGACGGCUGAGUCCUCAGGAGCAGAUGGACUUGCUCCACGCCGCGAACUUCAGCGAACGCGAUUUGAAGAAACUGUACAAACGCUUCAGAGCCCUCGACACCAAUCAGAACGGCGAACUGGACACCCACGAGCUCUUCGACGUCCCCGAACUUGCCGAUAAUCCUCUGGUGAAGCGCGUCCUGUCGAUCUUCGACACAAAUGGCGACGGCAAAGUGUCAUUCGUCGAGUUCCUCGUAGGCCUCUCCAAGCUGGCCGCGAACACCGACGAGUUCCAGAAAACGAAGUUUGCGUUCGACGUCUACGACAUCAACAAAGACGGAAGCAUCAGUAAUGGCGAGCUGUUCGCGGUCAUGAAAAUGAUGGUCGGGAGCAACUUGAACGAUCAACAGCUGCAGCAGCUGGUGGACCGGACAAUCGUCCAGGCAGACAAAGACGGCGAUGGAAUGAUUUCUUUUGACGAGUUCCGCGAGAUGGUUUCUCACAUUGAUAUCGCAGACAAGCUGAGAGUGGAUCUGUGAAGAGUUCCUCUCGCUUCGAGACGUUCGCCUGCGCGUCCUGCAGAGCGGAAGGAGGGAGGAAGCGCACCAUUCAUCUCGUCGAUUUUCGCAGCUUCUCAUCGGCGCAGUCCCCGCAGCGGCGUUCUCUCGCGUUGUCGCUUCUCGCUUCUCCUCCUCGAGACGCGCGCAACCUUCGCGCUCUUUCUCUUCUCUCUUCCGUUCCACUGGGGAAGAGCGUCGAGAGAGAAGCAGAGAAGAAGAAGAACGGGAAGCGAGAGCCGAGCAGGAAAAAUGAUCACUGAAUAAGAAGACCGAGGUGAAGGCGAGCGAUAGGAGGCCAGAGGAGGGCAAAGGAAGGAGACGAAGAACAGGGAGAGUCUCAAGGUGGGGAGGAAGACGAGGAAGUUGGCCUUUGGGGAGGAGAGCGCGACAAAGUCCAGCGAGGGGAAGGAGACUUGAAAAAGGAACGUUUUUCGCUGUACAAUAUCAUGGAACUUCCAGUUUUUAUUUGCGGGGAAGAAAAGGGAUGCAGACAGGCAGUGCGUCUUUCACACUCUUCUCUUUCACAGGUAUACGCAACUUGCAUGCUGGCACAUACUCACCUGAACUCGCGCGUUGUUGUUUCGUUUUUCUUUUUUAAUUGACUGUGGGAGCUCAACGCCUUCGCCGCAUCCUCGAAUGCAGACAUGCGCGGAAAAACAAGAGCUCCGUGAG